CGUUAUGUACAUGUUGUUGAUUGUUGAUCGACUCAUCAGCAACCAAUUUUCGCCGUUUCACUUUCCCGUGUGACGCAAGACGCGACAAUUUCCGCUCACGUCGAGUCAGUGGCCGUAGAUCCGGAGGAUUUGGACAGUUCAACCUUAGAAUAGAGUGGACCACGUAGGAGUGUUGCGAGCAUGGCCUUCAACUACCCGGUUGCCAAGAGGGACGAGAGCGUCGUGGACGAUUACCACGGCACCAAGAUCACCGACCCCUACCGUUGGCUCGAGAAUCCCGACUCGCCCGAGUGCAAGGAGUUUGUGGAGCAGCAGAACGCCAUCACCAAGCCGUACCUUGAAACCUUCGAAUCCAGGGAUAAAAUCAAGAGCCGUCUCACGCAGCUCUGGAACUUUCCAAAAUACUUGUGUUCCUCGCGCCAUGGCGACCGCUAUUACUUCUUUAAAAACUCCGGCCUCCAGAAUCAGAGCGUGCUGUACGUGCAGGACGAUUUACACGGCAACGCCGACGUGUUUUUCGACCCGAACGAGCUGUCCGAGGAUGGCACGGUGGCGCUGACGAAAACCGAGUUCUCAGAGGAUGGCAAAACCAUGUGCUACAGCCUCAGCAAAAGCGGCUCAGACUGGAUCUCCAUCCACUUUAGAGAUACCGAAACAGGGCGUGAUUAUCCGGAGGUGCUGGAAAAGGUCAAGUUUUCCCCAAUGACGUGGUCACAUGACAACAAAGGAAUUUUCUAUGCCAUGUAUCCGGAACAGCAGGGAAAAGCAGACGGCUCCGAGACGGAUUCGAACGAGCACCAAAAGCUGUAUUACCACAGGCUGAACACCCCGCAGUCGGAGGACGUUUUGGUCGUCGAGUUCCCUGACCAGCCGCGUUUCAGAAUAGGUGCCGAUGUGAGCCACUGCGGCAACUACCUGAUCGUCUUGCCGCAGAAGGAUUGCAAGGACAAUAUGGUGUACUUUGCUGAGAUCGGCUCCCUGCCUGAUGGACCUCAGGGACUGCUGCCUCUCACCCAAAUCGUGGACAAAUUGGAGUCUGACUAUGAGUACGUGACGAACGUGGGGUCCAAGUGCAUCUUCCGGACAAACAAGGACGCGCCCAACUACCGUUUGGUCAGCAUCGACCUGGAAAAUCCGAGCAUGGACCAGUGGAAGACUCUGGUGGCUGAGCACCCGAAGGACGUGCUCGACUGGGCCAUCCUCUCAAACGUAAACAAACUCGUCGUGUGCUACAUUCACGACGUCAAGAGCUUGCUGCAAAUCCGAGAUUUGGCCACCGGAAAUCUGAUCACGCAGCUGCCCCUGGACGUGGGCACGGUGACCGGCGUGUCGGGGCACAAGAAGCACCCGGAAUUAUUUUUCCAGUUCUCCUCUUUCCUCACGCCGGGAGUGAUUUACAUGUGUGACUUGUCAAAGUCGGUCAUUGAGCCUGUGCCGUACAGGGAAGUCGAAGUGAAGGACUUCAACCAGGCGCUCUACGAGACGGAGCAGGUGUUCUACACGAGCAAGGACGGCACCAAGGUGCCCAUGUUCAUCGUGCGCAAGAAGGACUUCAAGAAGGACGGCGAGAGUCCUUGCUUGCUGUAUGGAUACGGCGGCUUCAACGUCAGCAUGCAGCCCACCUUCAGCAUCAUGAGACUGGUCUUCAUGCAGCAUUUCAACGGAGUCCUCGCCAUUGCCAACAUCAGGGGCGGAGGAGAGUACGGCGAGUCGUGGCACAACGCUGGUCGUCUGUUCAACAAGCAGAACGGUCUGGACGACUUCCAGUCCGCGGCCGAGUACCUGAUCUCGGAGCGCUACACGAGCAGCGCCCGUCUGGCGAUUCAGGGCGGCUCAAACGGCGGCCUGCUGGUGGCCGCGUGCAUCAACCAGCGGCCGCAGCUCUUCGGCGCGGCCAUCGCGCAGGUCGGCGUGCUCGACAUGCUGCGCUUCCACAAGUUCACCAUCGGCUUCGCGUGGGUGUCCGACUACGGCAGCUCGGACGACCCCGAGCACUUCCGCAAUUUGCUGGCCAUCUCGCCGCUGCACAACAUCAAGGUGCCCGACCAAGACGCUCCGAGGAAUCAGCUCGAGCGGCCCGGCUCCAGGCAGUACCCGGCCACGCUGCUGCUCACCGCCGACCACGACGACCGCGUCGUGCCCCUCCACUCUCUCAAGUUCACCGCCCAGCUGCACCACACCCUGCGCAACCACCCUGCCCAGACGAAUCCGCUGCUCAUCAGGGUAGAGACCAAGGCUGGACAUGGUGGCGGCAAACCCACUGCCAAACAGAUUGAAGAACACACGGACAUUCUCUCGUUCAUCGGUCGGUCUCUGGACAUCAAGUGCGUCUUCUGAGUGACGAAAAGCUUAAAAUUAAUUACCCUUUCUUGUUAAUGAUGUAACAAAAAAACAUGCAAGGAAAAGGAAUCGAGUGCAAUUAAAACUGCUAUGCUAAUUUA